CUCUAGCACGGUCUGUCAGCACUGGGGCAAUGUUUUUCUGCGCUUAAAGGUAAUCCAUCCUCUUAGGGUUUUGAAUUCUGUUGUUUGUUAGAGGAUCAGUUUAAUAGUUUCUCACAUUCCCACUGUUGAAUGCAGAUGGGCGCCCUCGCCCCAAUCUGUCACUCGCUUUAGUGAGUGAAUGUGUGUGUCAGCUAUUGUGAAUCUCAUCAGCUCGUUUUGCAUGUGAAUCCAAAACAGGUAAAUAUAUCCUAGCAAACCCCCUGUUUUUCAAGUCUUGCAGACAAUAAAAUGCUGAACAUUACUAGCAUCGUCUCUUUUCUUCCACCAGAAACUCUCACCGCGUUCCAAAGUAAAGGCUUUACCACCAUUAGUGGAGUGUGGAGAAAGGUUUGAAAGUCCAAAGUUGUGCAGGCUGCCACAGCUUUGUACUGAGGGUGGCAGGAACCUCUUGCCUGUCCAGGCCAACCCUGGACCAUCCAGGCACCAUCCUGCUUUGGGGAGAUUUCAGGUCUAUUCUGUAUCCACUGCAGCAAUUGCAACGAGGCUCAGUAGUUGCGGUAUUUUGCUGAUCCUGGCCUUCUUGCUUUUGCUUUGUCCCCAAAACUGGUGGGGUUGAACCGGUUGCACAUCAGGCCCAUUGGGAAGGUUGGCUGGAGUCGUUCUUCCCUGUGCAAUGGCACCACUGGCUUGGAAACAUGGGAGCCCAUUAUCCUUUUGGGAAUAGUACAGUUUAUAACUAGGUGCAGAUCUUAUGUUCUCACCAGGAGCAUUGGUAAGGGGGAGGAGCUGGGAGAGGAUGGUGAAGUAAUCAAGGCUGUACGCCCACUUUGUUUUGGAGAUGGCCUGAUGCGUUUAGCUUUAUGGGAAGGACUUCUGUCUGAGGCUGGUCUGGUUUUGGUGGGGAUGAGUUGCCUGCCAGACUCUGAGGAGUCCCUUCUACUGACAGAUAGAAAAUGGGGAGGUGGAGGCUAUAUUUGGUAAAGCAUGUAGGAGAGUGAUAGGCAUCCUGAUGCGCAUUGACAUUUUGAUGUCAAUGAAAUACCGUGGUUUGGGUUUUUUUUCUCCUCCAGUAGGAAAGAUGUAGCUGUACAAAGACUCUUAGGAUGCUUUGGAUGGAAGUUGUGUUCCAUCCAAGCAUUGGCUCUGUAGGAUUGAGAAAUCCAACGUCUCCUUUUCUUCCUGUUUCUCAUCCUUUCUUAGAGACCGUACUGCUUUUGGUGGGUAACAAAUCCUAUUUUUGUGCUGGAGGAUGAAAGCGGGUGUCUCCUCAGGACGGAGCACAGUGAGUAGCUAUUGAUGGAAGAACACGGGGUGACCCAAACAGAGCACAUGGCCACCAUCGAGGCCCACGCAGUGGCCCAGCAGGUACAGCAGGUCCAUGUGGCCACCUACACAGAGCACAGCAUGCUGAGUGCGGACGAAGACUCGCCGUCUUCACCGGAGGACACCUCCUACGAUGACUCUGACAUCCUCAACUCCACGGCUGCCGACGAGGUCACCGCUCACCUGGCUGCGGCAGGCCCUGUGGGGAUGGCAGCAGCUGCUGCCGUGGCAACGGGUAAAAAACGAAAGCGACCACACGUUUUUGAAUCCAACCCAUCAAUCCGCAAGAGGCAGCAGACGCGUUUGCUACGGAAGCUCCGAGCCACGCUGGAUGAGUACACCACCAGAGUAGGGCAGCAGGCCAUCGUUCUGUGCAUCUCGCCCUCCAAACCCAAUCCCGUCUUUAAAGUAUUCGGUGCUGCACCCUUGGAGAAUGUGGUACGCAAGUACAAGAGCAUGAUUCUGGAAGACCUGGAGUCUGCGCUAGCAGAGCAUGCUCCUGCACCUCAGGAGGUUAACUCGGAGUUGCCACCCCUCACCAUCGAUGGCAUUCCCGUCUCGGUGGACAAGAUGACCCAGGCACAGCUGCGAGCCUUCAUCCCUGAGAUGCUGAAGUAUUCCACGGGUCGCGGGAAACCAGGCUGGGGCAAGGAAAGCUGCAAGCCCAUCUGGUGGCCUGAGGACAUUCCAUGGGCCAACGUUCGCAGUGAUGUCCGCACAGAGGAACAGAAGCAGCGGGUGUCAUGGACCCAAGCCUUGCGGACUAUCGUGAAGAACUGCUACAAGCAGCACGGGCGUGAAGACCUGCUCUACGCGUUUGAGGAUCAGCAGACACAGCAGCAGACUACGACCACACACAGUAUAGCGCACCUGGUGCCAUCGCAGACGGUGGUACAAACCUUCAGUAACCCUGAUGGCACCGUGUCCCUCAUCCAGGUUGGCACCGGUGCUACAGUUGCCACGCUGGCUGAUGCCUCAGAGUUGCCUACCACAGUUACCGUCGCACAAGUCAAUUACUCUGCAGUCACUGAUGGAGAGGUGGAGCAGAACUGGGCAACGCUACAGGGGGGUGAGAUGACUAUCCAGACGACGCAGGCAUCAGAGGCCACGCAGGCGGUGGCGUCAUUAGCAGAAGCAGCAGUGGCAGCAUCUCAGGAGAUGCAACAAGGAGCAACUGUUACCAUGGCACUCAACAGUGAAGCAGCUGCCCAUGCAGUCGCCACGCUUGCUGAAGCCACUCUUCAAGGUGGAGGACAAAUUGUCUUAUCUGGUGAAACUGCAGCAGCAGUAGGAGCACUUACUGGAGUCCAAGAUGCCAAUGGCUUCCUAACAGCAGACUAUUCAGGCUGCAAGUGGAGCCUAGCAGAGAGUUCAUCAGGUCUCGUCCAGAUCCCCGUCAGCAUGUACCAGACGGUGGUGACCAGCCUGGCCCAAGGCAACGGCCCCGUUCAGGUGGCGAUGGCACCCGUUACCACGAGGAUAGCAGACAGUGCCGUCACCAUGGACGGGCAGGCAGUGGAAGUGGUGACCUUGGAACAGUGACGAUGCCCAGAGCAGGAUCGUGGUGAUUUUCCUCGUCUCUUACGCGAAUAAUUUUUUUACGCCUCUCCAGAGAUGCAAUCAGGUGGCAUUGAGUCUCCCAGCUUUGGAAGCAAAGGUU